UUCAGCUCACAGAUUAUUAGCUGACUGUGUUGGACACAUCUCAGGUUAAAAGUAAACCGAGCCAGGAUGCUGUUUGUCUUUCUUCUUCUGUCCUCUGGGUUUUUCUUGGACCUGGUGGUGUGUACUGCAGCUCAAACUGAACUGAGAAUCACAACCAUAAAGCAAGAGCCAUAUACAAUGUCCAAAGGAAGUCAGCUGGAAGGCUUUUGCAUGGACCUGCUUUCUGAAGUGGCCAAGAAAGUUGGAUUCAAGUACAAAGUGAAGCUGGUGAAAGACAGCUCCUAUGGUAGGCAGGAUGACAAUGGGAACUGGAAUGGCAUGAUUGGAGAGGUGUUGAGAGGGGAGGCAGACCUUGCGAUUGCUCCUCUGACUCUGACUGCAGCCCGGGAGAAAGUUGUGGGCAUGACUAAACCCUUCAUGCAGACGGGGAUCAGCAUCCUCCUGAGGAAGGACAUCUCAGAGGGCGCAGAUUUCUUUGACUUCCUGACACCCUUCACAUCAGAAACCUGGAUCGGCAUACUCAUCGCCUACAUGGGCACUGCUGCUAGCAUCUGUAUAGCUAGCAGACUAAGCCCAUGUGAGUGGAGUGAGGCUCAGAGUGAGGGAAACAGAUUCAGUUUCCUCUACAGCUUGUGGUACACAGCUGGAGCGCUGACUCUACAAGGUGCUGGUCCUCAUCCUAAAGCCCUUUCAGGACGUGUCAUCUGCAGCAGCUGGUGGUUAUUUUCUGUAGUCCUCUUGGCUUGUUAUUUCUCCAACCUCAGCUCCUCCAAAACCCCAGAGUCCAGCCAGCUGACAGUGAAAGGGUUUGAGGACUUGGCCAGUCAGGACACAAUCCAGUACAGCUGCCUGGCUGGUUCCUCCACUCUUGCUUUCUUUAAGAACUCCAACAACCCAGUGUACCGCAGAAUCUACGAACACAUGGAGAGAACACAGAGCUUUGUGUCGUCAAUGGAUGAGGGCGUCAAACGAGCAAAGGAGGGAAACUUUGCCUUCAUUGGAGAGUCUGUUUCUCUGGACUUGGCAGUAGCACGUCAUUGUGAGCUGGUGAGAGUGCAUGAGGUCAUUGGCAUGAGGGGAUACAGCAUCGCUGCCCCCCUUGGUUCCCCGAUCAUAAAGAACCUCAGUGUGGCGAUCCUUCAGCUUAGCGAGGCGGGUGAGCUGGCCUAUCUGCGGAGCAAGUGGUGGGCGAGCAGCUGCAUAGCGGAUAAGGCCAAGCCUGCUGCGGUGCAGCCACACAGACUGAAGGGGAUGUUCCUGGUGCUCGCUCUGGGCCUAGGGCUGGGGACAUGUAUGGCUUUUCUUGAGCUCACCUUUAAGAGUCGCAGAAAGGCAGCAGAACAGCAGAAGUCAUGCUGCACCGUGCUGACCGAGGAGCUUAGUCUGCGCCUGAAGACCAGCAGUGCAAACAAACCCCAGGAAAAUGCAGACAAAGAAAAAGCAUAGAGAUCCUUUUAAAAAUGAACUAUUCUUUUUACAUUAAUUCUGACUUAACUUUAUAGAUUUUUUUAAUUUGCUACUUUACUUUCAUUCAAAACAACAAUGUUUAACCCAUAAAACUCACAGUCCUUUUUGUGUUUGUGUUCUAAAAUGUAAAAGAAAAAAAUCACUGCCAGUUUUUACAAAAAAUAACUUUUAAUCCAAGUUAACAUUUAAAAUCUGAAAAUACGACUCACAUAUAAAGCUAGUAAUUUAACAGUUUGCAAGCAUUUCUGUACAGUUGGCAGCAGCAUCAUGUGAUUCCAGCAAUUUCUUUUAGAAACCAUGUCUCACAAUGAAAAGGUAAGGACUGUAAACAUUACAGCUGACCUAAAACACAUAAAAUUUAUAUUCCUGCUCUAAGUCA